AUCUGGGCAACCAAACAUAGCCAAUGAGGUCUGGAAAGGUUUCUGGAAAGUACUGUUGGGUCAAUCAGUAGAUCGCGGCUCCGAAACAUUCGAUUCGAACGCCCUCGAACGCAUCCGUCUCUCUGUUGCAGGCUAAAAAUGGCAGCCAAAUACAUAGUUACUGGUGUCUUGGGAUCAUUCGCUAUUGCUUAUUUGUGUGACCAUUUUAUUGCCGACAGGAAGAUAUUUGGAGGCACUACACCGACAACUGUUUCAAGCAAAGAAUGGUGGGAAGAAACUGACAAGAAGUUUCAGGCAUGGCCUCGAACUGCAGGCCCUCCUGUUGUCAUGAACCCCAUCAGUCGUCAAAACUUCAUUGUGAAGUCCAGUGCUGAAGCUUGAAUCCCCACACUAGACAGUGAUUGGCUUCCAUGUCUUUCCUUUGGCUUGCUCUCUUAGAACUAGUUUGACUUCCAAAUGGGAUUGUAACUGCUUUCCUACUCCUGUGUACUUAACUUUUUUGGACAGGUUUUGCUUCGAAGUAUGUUAGAAUAAAGGUUGGUUGCAUGGGCAAUCAUGUCAUGUCAGUUCAUUUUCAUGUGCAAGUUAAUUCGGUGUAUGAUUCUGAAUUGCAUAUCAAGAAUUCAACAAAUUUUCUUUA